AUGAGCAGUAUUAAGGUUGCAGUGAGGUGCCGGCCACUCUUUGCAAAUGAGCGGGCUGCAACUGGCUUAGAUCUUCAGGGCCGCCGCAUUCUUCUUGAUUCCAAGACUUACGAUCCUGAUUUUACCUUUACACCUAAUGCGUCUCAGGACGACGUAUUUGAUGCUUGUAAACCGAUUCUGGAGUGCGUAAAGGACGGACUUAACGGCACUAUCAUGGUGUAUGGGCAAACGGGUACCGGGAAAACAUACACCAUGUUGGGAAAUGACGGUGAAGACAACGGCAUCGCGCACAAGGUCAUUGCGCAUAUGCUGAGCCACGUACACGCAAAGACCAUAGAUGGUUGCAAAUGUGCGCUAACGCUUUCUAUUGUUGAGAUCUAUAACGAACACUUGUCUGAUAUGCUAAGCCCCAAUGGUGAUGAAGAAGUCACGCUCAUUGGGGGUUUUCCUAGGUUUACCAAUAAGGUCACCCUUGGUCAUAUGCAGGAUGCCAACCUGGCCCUCAAGCAAGCUCUGGCAUGGCGUCACACGGCUAAAACCUUGAUGAACGAGCGCAGUAGUCGGUCCCACGUCGUAUUCAUUCUUGACUUGGAAGAAUUUAAUGUAUUUACGGAAGAAACCGACGUGGCACACCUUUUCCUGGUUGAUCUAGCGGGAUCUGAGAGUAUUAAAAAGUCUCAGGCCAGUGGCUUCGUUGCUGGGGAAGCCGGUAGGAUCAACAAGUCCCUCCUCGCCCUUAAGAGUGUGUUUUUAGCCCUCUCGAAUACUAAUGAAGCGACUCGUCCAACUCAUGUACCUUACCGCGACUCGAGGCUCACAGAGCUCUUGCAAGAUUCGAUCGGGGGGACGGCGCGGACGUUGAUGAUAGCGUGCAUCUCGUCCGUGGGCCGAGACAUCGAGGAAACUAAAUCAACCCUCUCGUACGCCGUCAAGGCCCGAAGUAUCCGCAAUGCAGCCAACACCGAACGUGAAAAGCUUCUAAUUCGGCUGCGUUCUAUUGAGGUGGAGAAUCAGAGGCUGCGAAACCGAUUGCAGGAGCGCGUGAAUGAAAAAGGUGGGUACUACGUCACUAAGGAAGAGCACGAGCAAACGCAGCAGCUCGAAGAAGAGGCAAAUCAGCUUCGGAGUAGUGUGGAUCAGCUAGUAAAAGAGAGUCAGGCCAGUGAUGCUCGAAAGCAUAUCUCAGAAUCCCAGGCUAAGAUCCUUCAGGGUAUGCUUUACGACAAGGAGGAGCAGCUACAGAGUUUCAAAACUCUAUACCACGAUGCCCUACUCCGCUUCGAGAACCACUCUAAGGCGCUUCAGCGCGUCGUUCAGGCGACCGUGGCUGAGGCCAAGUGCGUCAUGCAAAGCAGCGCCGUGGCCAGUCAUCAGAGGCUUGUGGAGUGGCGCGACCAGGUACUGAGCAUGUUAGCCUCCCCACUACCUAUGGAGGUCAGCGACCCCACUCAACCCCAACAAGAGCACUCAUUGCCUCCGCAAGGAUACCCGAGCCCCGCGAAGACCCGUCCCUCUUCGGAUGCCUUAUGUCCAGUGCGGGAUAGUCAGUGUAUUAGCAUGGCGCCUAGACGCUCUACCGCAUCGCUCCCCAUCAGCCCCGCUCGGAGGUCGCGUGCGGCUCGAAAGGCGUCAUCGAUCGAGCAACCACCGCCGAUUGCACCCUUCAGCGAUCCUGCACCGCUCCCUGGCGGACAGGCUUGCAAGGAGGGCGCCGCGUGGGGCCUUCUGGAGGCGUGCGACGCAAGCUGCCAACGCAUCACGGCACGCAUCAAUCAAGCCUUUAAAGACCUUCUCCAUGAACUCACUGAGGCCCACGAAAGGAGCGCCAGCCUCGUGCAGGCAGCGGAGGAACGGCGGAGACGUCAGACCGAGGUGGUCUGCCAAAGCCUCCGCGAGGGCCUGGAGCAAGGACUGGUGAGCCUCAAAAAGGCCCAAGAGCGGGCUGCAGACGAAAUCAAGGUCGCCCAACAGAACGUCCGGGAUCGCCUGUGCGCGCGGGGGCGCUACCCCAACGCGGCCAACCCACAGCCCCUUCAACGCGUGAUUCGCGAUGCGUGUCUGGCCACCGUGCGUCAGGGGGAGCUCGUCUUCCCCCCUGCUGAGGCCCCGGCGGAGGUGCAGCAGUCGUUGGAGCACAUCGAGCGUGCCUAUGAGGGGAGGCUCACGUCGAUGCGUGUGGCGGCGCUGGUGCCGCUCUCCUCCGUGGCGUUGGGAGGCGACAUGAUGGCCGCCUUCCAAGCCUCCCAGGAGACUGUAAGGGAUUCCGUAGCGGAGGACUCCAUACCCUCACUCGUGCCCACCACAGCCCCCAGCGGUGAGCCCACCAACUACAGGGUUAGUGUUAUCGGGCGGAAUAGCUCGCCGGUCACUAAAGAGAACUUUUGUAGGAGCUCCGCUUCCGCGAACGGUGCCUCACCGUUGAUGUCGUCUAUGCGCCCAAGGGGGAGAGCAUAUACGCGCCCCAAUGCCAUGACCAGCUCCAGCGCUGAAGAGACACAGCAGCGAGGCCGGUGCGGCAGCCUGCGCCCAAGCCGGUUCAGCGUUAAUAUGCUUUCUCAAUAUGCCGCUAACAGCAACAACGGAAACAAUGUGAAGGCCUCGGCUGGCCCAAUCGCCUGCAAACGCACGCGUAGCUCUAACGCCACACAGAGUGUUGGCAAUGACGAAAGAAGGUCUCCCGCUGCUAGAAUGGAUCCUAAGGGAUAA